AUGGCUGUUGCAACCCAAUUUGCUUUUCGCACUCUCAAGGGCGUCGGUGUAGUGAAUGGUGCACCCACUUAUGAGUCUUUGCCAGGAUUUCAGAGACCCGAAGGAAACAUUCGUGCUUGUGGCUACUCCCCUUGCGGCCGAUACUUUGCAUGGACUUCUGUUGAACAGGUGACCAUCAUCAAUGCGGACAACGGCAACGUGGUGUCUACACUACCGGCAGAGAAUGUCUUCGAACUCGGCUUUUCCCCCUUGGGUACCUAUGUCAUCACUUGGCAACGGUCCUCCAAAGACGAAAAUGGCGAUGCGGUGAAGAACCUCAAGGUUUGGUUGGUCAUUGAUGAAAAAGCCGCAUCAGAAGGCGUGGAGAAACAGCCUUUGGCUAGAUAUGUUCAGAAGUCCCAGACUGGAUGGAACUUGCAGUACACUUAUGACGAGGCUUAUUGUGCGAGAACUGUCACCAAUGAAAUACAAAUCUACGAGAGCCACGACCUUUCGACUGUCUGGAAUAAGAUCCGAGUCGAGGGAAUCACGGAUUUCGCCGUCUCUCCAGGAAAGAACUAUUCGAUUGCUGCUUUCUUGCCAGAGAAAAAGGGACAACCGGCUGCAGUUCGCAUCUACAACGUGCCGAAUUUUACCACUCCUGUUUCCCAGAAGAAUUUUUUCAAGGGUGACAAGGUGCAAUUGAAGUGGAACGAUGAUGGCACUUCUCUCCUCGUGCUGGCACAGACAGAGGUUGACAAAACUGGAAAGAGCUACUAUGGAGAGACCACUCUGUACCUGCUCAGUGCCAAUGGGGGCUUUGACUCCAGGAUUGACCUUGACAAAGAAGGUCCAGUACACGAUGUGUCAUGGUCUCCAAAAUCCACCAGUUUCGCCGUUGUCUAUGGCUACAUGCCAGCGAAAACUGUCAUUUUCAACGCCAAAGCCCAGACCGUCCACACCUUCCCUCUUGGCCCCAGAAAUACCGUACUUUUCUCUCCGCAUGGCAAAUUCGUGCUCGUGGCAGGCUUUGGAAAUCUGGCAGGCCAAAUGGAUAUCUAUGAUCUUGAAAAAGAUUUCACCAAGAUUUGCACCGUCGAAGCAAGCAAUGCUAGUGUCUGUGAAUGGUCCCCAGACGGGACGCAUAUCCUGACUGCAACUACUUCACCUCGUCUGAGAGUCGACAACAGCAUUCGCAUUUGGCAUGCAAGUGGCCCACUUGUCUACAAUGAAGACAUGAACGAAUUGUACAAUGUCUAUUGGCGCCCUCAAGCUUCUUCAUUGCAUCCCUUGGGCCCAAACCCACUUGCAUCAGCUCCGGUCACACAUAGUAGUGCUGCGGACUAUAUGGCCACAAAAAAGACACCAAGCAAGCCCGCAGGUGCUUACAGACCUCCAGGAGCAAGGGGUCAAGUGACACCGCUGUCCUUUAAGCGUGAGGAUGAGGGUGGUGCCGCCUAUGUCCGUGACGGCGCUUCGUCAUUUGCCAGCAGUAUUAACGGAUUUGGAAAAUCACGCCACCGUAGCGUGCCUGGUGCUGAAGCUGUAGAAGAGAAGACUCCGCUGCCACCGGGAGCAGCUCCCGGUGGUGGUGUGAGUCUCACUGGGACAGGUGAAGGGGCGGAUGGAGAGCCACUUUCCAAGGCUGCCAAGAAAAAUGCAAAGAAGCGUGAAGCAAAGAAAGCCGCUGCCGCCGCUGCACGUGAGCAAGGGACAACAAACAACCUUGCACCAGAGCAAAGUGGUGGCAGGGGAAAGAGCCCAAAUCGCAGUCCAGAUGGUCGUGGUCACAAUCGAAGCCGAAGCCGGAACUUUGUACCCGCCCCAGCAGCCGGUUUGGAGCCUCCCACUGGCCCCAAGAAGGAACGUAGUCGGAGCAAUUCCCGCAGACAACGAGGUGAUACAACGGGCUCACAACAUCGACACAACCAUGUCAACGGCGCACAGAAAGGACCCGUUAACAACACCCCUAGCACUCCGAAUCAGAAACCCCGCAAGGUUCCAGCAGACAUCAACACAACCAUCAAUAUCCCACCUGCCCCACCGAUCCCUGAUGGUCAGCCACCUGAGCUCGAAGUCACCAGCCCAUUGACACCUGGUGGAGAUCCCAGGGACAAGAAGAUCCGUGGGCUUUUGAAGAAGAUUCGCGCCAUUGAGGACCUCAAGAUGCGAUUCGCUGGAGGCGAGAAACUGGAAGACACUCAAAUGAGAAAGAUCUCCAGCGAGGACUCGGUCAGGAAGGAGUUGAGUGGUUUGGGAUUUUCAGGUUGA